GGUCCGGUACAGCAGCAACAAUUUCUGCAGCAUCAGGCGAUGGCGUUAUUCAACAAGCAGCAGGGACCGAGACCCGCUGUUCAAUACCAGCAGCCUCAGCAACAUCUGCUGCAGCAGCAGCAGGCAGCCGCAGCCGGGGCUGGGGGAACCCGGCCGAUGCAGAUGUCAACACCACAGCAACAACUUCAACAGCAGCACUUGCAACAACAGCAACAGCAGCGUCUGCAGCAGCAACAUCAGCAGCAGCAAGCCCAGACGCUCGCACAACAGCAGGCCCAGACAGUCGCUCAGCAGCAACCUCAAUCCCUCGCUCAACAACAACAACAGGCUCAAACCCUCGCGCAACAGCAGGCCCAAACGCUCGCUCAAUUGCACCAACUACCUGCAGCCAGCAAUGGAGCGCAACAGAAUACGGCAAACAAAACGACCCAACAACAGAUGCCGCGCCAGCUUCCCCCUUCGAGUGCCGGAAUGUCAAUGACCUCUCCGGCAGCGCACACCCAGCAGCAUAAUCCGAACAUGCAGGCCGCGGUGGGUACCAGCGCACCGGGGGCUCCCGCUGCGGCUGCUGUAGUCCACAACGCGGGAGCUGCGGGUGGAGGAGCUCCUACCAUGAAUUUGGCGCAGUUUCAGCAGGAGCUGAAAGUCAUCCAGUCUCAGAUUGCUCAAUUGGUAGGGGGAUUGAGUGCAGCGGACGCCGCCCAAUUCAAGGAACUGACGAGCAUGUUUGGGGAACGGUUCAACCUGCAAACCAAAGUGAACGCUCUUCCGCCUGGAGAGGAGCAACUGAAAUCGCAACUGGAAAAGGAGGUCAAUGCAAAGAAUGCUAGUAUUCAGGCUUUGAGGGACAGCGCCCCACCGAAUGUGGCCCUAGCGUUCAGCAAGUACCUUCGAGGAUUCGGUUUGCGGCGUCAAGCUGAGCUUCUUCAACACCGGUUAAGUCAAAUUGCUGCGGCACGACAAGCUGGACAGGCAGCGGGGGCGGCUCACCCGCAAGCAGCUCUAUUGCAGCAGCAGGCUCUGGCCCGUGGGCUUUCCUUGGCGCAGUUGCAGGCAAUGCAGCAGCGCCAACAACAACAGCAGGCUGCAGCCCCGGCUGGAACCGCACAGGCGACGUUGGCUGCGUCACUUGUGCACGCUCAACAGCAGGCUCAGCUGCAACUCCAGCAGCAACAGCAACAAGCUGGACGAGGCGCCCAAACACAACAGACCAUGCUACAAAACCAACAGCUGCAGCAACAAGCCGCAUCGCAUGCCCUUCUCGCUCAACAGACUAUCGCAGCUCAAACACGCGAAGCUAUGGGAGCCGCCGAGGGGGGCCGGCCGGCCAUGAUACAGAAUCCCGGGGCGCGCCCUCAGCAAAUGACAGCCGCAGACAUGCACAAUCUGCAACUGCGUCAGCGAGCGAUUAUGGAAGCCAGGGCCCGGGCACAAAUGCAAGGACAGGCGGCAGGAGCAGUAGGCGGGGCGGCGUCAGGUCUGACGGCGCAGCAGAUACAGCAGAUGCGGAUGCGCCAAGCUGCACAGGCGGCGAUGCAGCAGCAGGGGAACCUAUCAGCGGCAAUGGGUGUCAUUCCGCAGGGCGUGUCGGUUCAGCCCAACACCACACAUGCCGCAAGCAUGGCGGCUGUUUCUGCAAACCUCAUGGGAAACCCGGCGCAGGUGCCCUCUGCCCUUGCGGCACAGCAGGCGGCUAUGCAAGCGAGACCAAGAGGCCCCACCGCGUCGCCGGCGGGCACCGUGCGGCCAGACUUCCCCGGAAAUGCACGAGCGCGGCCACAAUCCGUCCCCGGCGCCGUCCGGCCCAUCGCGCAACCACGGCCAUCAGCGGUGCAGCCCAUGCAACAAUCUCAGCAACAGCAACUGGCAGCCGUCAAACAACAACAACAACCAGCCAACGCAGCAGCCAUCAAACUACAAUCCCAACAACCGCACCAACCCGCUCUCGUAGGCCCCAAACUCGAAAAACUCCCAGACAGCGGUCCGGACCCCAACGACGGCUGGACACCAACCGCAAAAGACGAAGGCCUCUACAACCCCAACAACCCAUUCACGCCCGAUUUCUUCAAAAACCAGUUCACGCACGGGAUCGGGAAGAUCCAGCGGUUCGUGCCGCGCAAAGCAUCCCCUGCACCCGGAGACACCGCGCCGCAUGGGCCUAGCACGGGGGCUGCGGUGGUGGCGGAUCCGAAUGUGGAUUUGGAUGCGGAGCCGAGUAAGCCGCCGACGGCUGUGGGGAGCCCGGCGGUGGGGAAGAUGGGGUUGGGGAAGAGGAAGCUGAAUGAGUUGAUGGAGCAGAUUGCGCCUAGGCACCGGUUGGAGCCCGAAGCUGAACAGUUCUUCCUGCGGCUCGCCGACGAUUUCUUGUUGGAUGUUGUAGGUCGCGCCUCAAAAGCAGCGAAACAUCGCGGCGACUCCUCCGUUGGUGUCAAAGACCUCCAAUUCGAACUAGAACGAAACUGGAACCUCCGAAUCCCCGGCUACACCGCCGAACCGCGCGCCGCACGCCGCACCACCGUCGCCAACUCGCACCAGUCGAGACUUACGCUCGUGCAUAAACAGAGGUUGGCGGAUAAUGCGCGAGUGAAGGCGGCGAGGGCUGCGAAGGCUGCAGGGGGCGCGGCUGUUGUGUUGUCUUGAGGAGAUGUGAGAGGGUUGGAAUGGGGAUAGGACCUGCGGGGUGGGAAGGGAAGGAGGGAAGAGGGAGAGAGUGCGGCUGGGAUAUGGUGACUUGACGAGGGAAGGGAGGAAACUAGACGCUGACAUUUUUGGACUGAAACACAUCAAACUGAUACCACGCCGUUUAUACCGCGACAGAGGGAGGAGCAUGGGGCAGCGAGGGAGGGAUCUAAGCGAACGGAACGACUGCAUCGUAUUUGCAAGUCUGGCGGAUCUACUUUUUUUUUUUGGAGCAUUUGCCUUAUUUCAUACUGUGGCCUGGAACGGAAUGCAAAUGGAUUUUUGAUUGAUUGAAG